AUGAAAAACGCAGAAUAUCAACAUAAUGAUGUUCAUUUGUAUUUCAAGCAGCUAGUCCACUUCAAAACAUACCCGAGUCAAUCGGAUUCCAACGAACUUCUAUCACCGUCGGUGAACUCAUCCAUAUUUUCUUCACCGACUUUAACUUCGAGUUAUGUUGGUGAAAAUUCACAGCAAUCGCUGACAAAAAAAGUGUCAAAAACAGCGGUCUCCACUAAUGAUCCAAUAACAGACGAUGUUAUGGAGGGAAGUGGUGGUGGUGGUGAUGAAGUUGAGCAAGAACAACUGAUCCAGCCCGAAACCAGUGAUGGCGCUGCCAGUGAAGAAUUAGUGCCACAGGAACGCAUCUCUCCACACUCACAACCAGUUUUUGAAGAAGAUGUUGUGUGCAUCGAAGAAUCAUCGACUGCUCCGAUCAUCGACCGCAAGCCAUUCGUUCAAUUAGUAUUAUCGAAUAAACCUCGUCUUUAUACAAACGAGCAACUGGACGAUUUAUUGAAUGCUAUUGUAUUCGCUAAAGCCAUGAAUUCGGUGAUGAAUGGCGCCGUCUUAUUGCCGUUUAAAUAUCUGAUUCCAAGUGACGAUAUGAAACCCCCAAUACCAUCAUCCAUCAAUGACCAUUCACCUCCACCAACACUACCAGCACGAAGAGAAGUCCGUACGAAUACAUUCCCAUUCACAAUGACAACUCUUUCUUCUUCAAUACGAACGGAGCACCGGUCCCGAAGUCCGAUCACAGCAGCAACUCGUCCAAUCGAUAUGCAUCGUUCUACAGGGACAACAUCGCACAUUUCCACCGUCGCACCUCAACGUAUUCAAAGACAAGCGUCGUCUCUAUCUGAUCGUCAAUCGAACUGUAAUCAUCAGCCACAAAUAUCUGGGCGCCAGAGACCAGCAACAUUGACCGACGUAACGAAUUUUAAUGAAGGCGAUAUAGAACAACAUUAUGAGCCGAAACGACGAAUGCCGCCCAUUACCGCUCAAACAGCUUCGGUGUUACAGGAUGCCAAAGAUUUGAUUAGAAGAAUGCACAACAAUUUGGACAAAGAAUUUGGGCCAGAAACUUAG